GGUCUCGGGCAUGGCCAGAUUGACGGAGAGCGAGGCGAGGCGGCAGCAGCAGCAGCAACUCCUGCAGUCCAGAACCUCCCCCAUGAGCAGCGGCCCCGAGCCCCCCGUCCAGCCGGACAGCAUGAAGGACCUGGACGCGAUCAAGCUCUUCGUUGGCCAGAUCCCCCGCAACCUGGAGGAGAAGGACCUCAAGCCCCUUUUCGAGCAAUUCGGCAAGAUCUACGAGCUGACGGUGCUCAAAGACCGCUACACCGGCAUGCACAAAGGGUGCGCUUUCCUCACCUACUGCGCCCGGGAUUCCGCCAUCAAGGCCCAGACCGCUCUGCACGAACAAAAGACUCUGCCUGGGGUGAGUCUUACUUGGGGAUGGGGGCAGGGAAGCGCAGAGCAAGGGGAAUUGAGACUUCCCCAGAAGGGCUGA